AUGCUUUAAAAAGUACAACUAUGGAAGAAGGUGAAAACAAAUUUACAAUCCAGAUUUUCUAAUCUUAAGGCCACUUUUGACUCCAUUGAUCAAAAUAAAAAUGGAUCAAUAGAUUUAGAAGAACUGACUAUUGAACUCAAAGCUAAUCAUGGCAUUACCUCUAAUAGUUAGAUCACCUCAAUCUUUAAUUUAUUAAAUUCAUCCAAAAGCUAAGAGAUUACAAGAGAAGAAUUUGAAUAAUUGUGGAUGUCUGAUGAAACCUAACAAUGUAACGAUGAUAAGGAACUCCAACCUAUUAAAACAUAUUUACAACCUCAUUAAUCCUCUAUACUCUAAAAAUCAGGAUCUUCCUAAUAAUUCUCAAAUCUCUUUGAUAGUUACAAAUCAAAUAAUUCUCCUACGAAAUACAUCAACAUUUAAGGAGACUUUACAAUCAAUUAAUUUAAUACUCCUCCUCUAUUAGAUAGGACAGCUUCUCCACCAAAGGUUAUCUCUCCACCAAAACCAGAUUAAUAUCCAAAAUCUAAACUAGAAGUUAAGGAUGAUAAAUUUAGAGAAAUGUAAAGAUAAAUUUCAAAUUUGUUUACUUGCAAAACUGAGUAACCAAAUACAACCCCUUUUUUAAAAUAGAACUUUGAUGGCUUUUUACAUACUGUUAAAUUGGGGGGUAGCAAGAAAUCUAGUGUCAAUACAUCAGCCAAAACGAAAUCUCCAUUUUUAUCCAAUCAUAUUUCAUUAUAAAAUUAUGCCUUCUAGUUUAAUGACAUGAAAAUGCAAUUUAAUUCAAAGUAUAAUGGUGAAAGGACAAACAAUAAUAUGAAAAACUUUAUUUAUAACAAGAAAUGA